UUUUAAUUUUACAUGGUUUAUUAAGUUGUUCAUAUGAACUUCGUAUUAUUAAAUUCUGGUCAUGUUAUGCCUAAAUUGGGAUUAGGAACAUAUCGUGUGAAAGCUUAUGAUAUUCUGAAAAAUGUAGUUGAAGCUGCUCUAUUAUCAGGAUAUCGACUAUUUGAUACUGCAGAGAGCUAUGGCAAUGAACAAACUUUGGGUAAAAUAUUUGAAGAAAUUUUACCAAAAUAUAAUCUUAAACGUUCUGACAUAUUUUUGACUUCAAAGUUAGCCCCUCAAAGUCAAGGUCCAAAUGCUUAUCAAUCAGUUUUAAAUUCUUGCAAAAAUCUUAAAACAGAUUAUAUUGAUCUUUAUUUAAUUCAUUGGCCAGGAACAAGUAAACUUAAGCCAGAUGACCACAAAAACAAAGAAUCUAGGAUUGCUAGUUGGUCAUGCUUAGAACAGAUGGUAAAGGAAGGUAGACUUAAAAAUAUUGGCGUUUCAAAUUUCAACAUCAAUCAUCUAGAAAAUUUGGUUACUAAUUGCACAAUAAAACCUGCUGUUAACCAAGUCGAAUUCCACCCGUACAUAUAUCAAACUCAAAAAAAGCUUCUCGCCUAUUGCCAAUCCCCUAACCUAAACAUUCAGCUUCAGUCUUAUUCAUCGUUAGGCGGACAAAAUAUCGAUUCGAAAGAAACAACAGUUCAAAAUCAACUUUUAAAUGAUUCAACACUUUUAUCCUUAGCUAAAAAUAAUCAUUUUGCUAAAAAUCCGGCCCAAAUAUUGCUCAAAUGGUCUAUUCAACAUGGCUCCUGUGUUAUCCCCAAAUCUAUACACCAAUCUCGCGUUGAAUCAAACGCGAAAAUUUUUGAUUUUGAAUUAACAUCUCAAGAAAUUGCGAUUUUAGACGAUAUUCGAAUUCGAGAGAAUAAAAAAGAUGUUCGAUUUUGUUGGGAUCCCAGCGAAGUUGUAUGAAAGAUACUCAAGAAAAAAACCCAUUAAAUAGAUUAUACAUUUAUAUGCUUGUGAAUAAAUUAUAUAUUUAUAAAAGGCAUAUUUGGAAACCUAUGAAAAACAUACUUCGGCUGCAAAUAUUCUUUCUU